GUCUUCCUCACCUAUACAGCACACACCACUGUCUUAACAGCUCAAACAAAACAACUGUACUCUUCUAGGAGGUUAUUUCCCUACACAAAAUCUCAUCCAGGUCCUAGUUGGUCUUACUUGUGUUUUGGGGUUCUUGAGAUUAAAUAGAUUGGAAACCCACCGCCCUGGAUCUCAGCUUCACUAAACAGGGGUUGCAGGAAAAAUGGAGAUGAUAUCAGGGUUCAUUUUUCUGUGUAUGCUCCAAGCUGCAAUCCCUCAACAUCUGGACCCUCGUGGGCCAAGGCCAAUGCCUGGGCAAGGUGACAUUGAAUCAAUAACUCCACCUCCAGUCCUACCUGAGCCCACACCAAGACCUGGAAGUUGUGAGACUGGGAUAAUCGAUUGUCCCAUCAAGCUGUAUUUCACCAUCGACACCUCAGAGUCCAUCGCCUUACAGGAGUCCCCGAUAAGUGUCCUGGUGGACAACGUCAUAGAGUUCACCAAGAUCUUUGUCCAGAGGCUGGCUGAUGAGGAGUACAAAGGCCAGAUCCAGAUCAGCUGGUCUAUAGGAGGCCUGUAUUUCUCCCAGAAGCAGGUUGUCUUCAGCCAGUUUACGACCAAAGAGAACUUCAUCAGGAAUCUCGGUUCAAUCGAAUACCUGGGCAAAGGCACCUAUACCGACUGUGCCCUGAAAAACAUGACCCACCAUGUGACCCAGCACUACUCAGGGACGAGGGCUGUCCUCUUCUCUGUCGUCAUUACUGAUGGUCAUGUGACAGGAAACCCAUGUGGAGGGAUCAAGGUGAUGGCAGAGAGGGCCCGGGACAAAGGGAUCCAUAUUUUCUCAGUGGCAUCGUCCAGACGAAUUGACAAAUUAGGGAUGAGCGAUAUAGCCAGCUCCCCCCAGGGAGUUUACCGUGACGACUACAUAGCUGUGGAUAUUGUUGACGGGCGACCAAAAAUAAAGACUGAAUCUAUCGAUCGUAUCAUACAGGCCAUGAAAUAUCAAGCGUAUUUACAGUGUUACAAACCAAAAUGCUUCGAGUCUCCUGGGAUGCCUGGACCAAAAGGGCUUCCAGGUCAGAAAGGUGCAAAAGGAAACACAGGUCAACCUGGGCCAAAAGGUGACAAGGGUAGACAGGGUGAUCCUGGCAUUGAAGGUCCAAUCGGACACCCUGGUCCAAAGGGAGAGGUUGGUUUGAAAGGUGACAAGGGUGAAAUCGGAACAAGUGGAGCAAAGGGUGCGGAAGGACAACCUGGCAGGAAUGGAACCGAUGGCCAAAAGGGUAAAAUUGGCCGAAUUGGAGCUCCUGGUUGCAAAGGUGAUCCAGGUGAUAAUGGACCAGAUGGUUAUGUUGGAGAAGUUGGUGACACUGGACCACCUGGUGACAAAGGAGUAAAGGGUGAUAAUGGCCACCCUGGGAAGUCCGGGCGCACUGGUCCUCAGGGUGCACAAGGACCAAAGGGUGAAAAAGGAAACCCUGGAAAUCCAGGGCCAUCAGGAAAAAAGGGAACUCCGGGGUCUAUAGGCUUACCAGGGCCUAAAGGCAUAGAGGGAAGAAGAGGAGACUCUGGUAAAAAGGGAGCACCAGGACUUGAUGGGCCAAAAGGAGAGAAGGGAGAACGUGGGCCACAAGGAGGCAGAGGUCGGACCGGGGAAGACGGAUUCAAAGGCGCAAAGGGAGACCAAGGACUACCAGGACCAAGGGGUCAGCCAGGAGAAGCAGGGGCACUUGGAGCAAAUGGCACCAAGGGAAAUCCAGGAGAUUUGGGACCAAGGGGAGAUUCUGGACCCCCUGGACCAAAGGGAGACAAAGGAAGACAAGGAUUCAGCUAUCCUGGGCCUAGAGGACCCACUGGAGACAAAGGUGAUCCAGGCAGGAGAGGAUUCAGGGGGGGCAGAGGUGACUGUGGUGCCAAAGGAGAUCCUGGAGACAAAGGACCUCCAGGAAAACCUGGGGAACCAGGUAAGCCAGGUGGGCCAGGAGAAAGAGGACCCAGAGGAAGACCUGGAACUGAUGGUGGCCCAGGACCAGCGGGUGACCCUGGGCUUAGUGACUGUGAUGUUAUGACUUACAUCAGGGAGACGUGUGGUUGUUGUGACUGUGAGAAGCGUUGUGGACCUCUGGACAUUGUAUUUGUAAUUGAUAGCUCUGAGAGUGUUGGGCUAACAAACUUCACCCUGGAAAAGAACUUUGUUAUCAACACCAUCAACAGGCUGGGCUCUAUGGCCAGCGACCCUGCGUCACCAACCGGCACAAGAGUCGGAGUUGUACAGUUCAGUCACAAGGGGACCUUUGAGGCAAUUCAGCUCAAUGACGCGAACAUAAACUCCAUGUCUGCCUUUAAAACGGCAGUGAAGAAGCUAAAUUGGAUUGCUGGGGGCACCUUCACACCAUCGGCUCUCGAGUUUGCUUAUGAGAACGUCAUCAGGAACAGCAAGAGGGCCCAAGCCAAAGUAUCCGUGGUGGUGAUCACAGAUGGCCGCUAUGACCCGAAAGACAACGAGACUCUGCUUGAUUACCUUUGUGUUCACGGCGAUGUUGUGGUGACUGCCAUUGGGGUAGGUGAUAUGUUUCUAAAGAAACAGGAUGAUGAAAUCUUGAGCUCUAUAGCAUGUCACAGGCGCGAACGUAUCAGAGAGAUGAAGAAUUACGUUGACUUGGUGGCUGAGGACUUCAUAGAAACAAUGGAGACUGUGCUCUGCCCCGACCCAGUGAUUGUGUGCCCUGAUCUCCCCUGUAAAAGUGAACCUGAUGUAGCUCCAUGUGUCGAGCGGCCGGUGGAUUUGGUGUUUCUACUAGAUGGCUCAGAGCGCCUUGGGACGGCGAACUUCCAGCAAGUCCGUGAAUUUGUGAAGAAGGUGGCAGACAGACUGGGACUGGCCCGGAGCAAGACUGAUGGUAUGCGUGCCCGCUUAGCACUACUAGAGUUCGGCAAGGAGAACGAGAACCACUUAGCCUUCCCUCUCACACAUGACCCUGUCAUCAUCGCUGAUGGCAUAUCACGCUUGCCUUAUCUGGAUUCUUCCUCUAGCGUGGGGCCUGCCAUCUUUCACACCAUCAACAACAUCUUGGGUAGACAAAAUGUUCGCAACACAAGACCCAAUGCAGAGAUUUCAUUUGUUUUCAUCACAGACGGCAUCACUGGCAACAGCAACCUGGACGAGGCAGUUAGUGCAAUGCGUACUGCACAGGUUGUCUCCACAGUGAUAGCCACUGGAAGUGACGUUGACCAAGAAGUCCUAACAAAGCUGGCCAUGGGUGACCAGAAUGCAAUCUUUAAAGGAAAAUUUAUGUCUGAUCUAACCCAGUCUGGCUUAUUUGACCGUUUCAUCCAGUGGGUAUGUUAAAGAGAGACCAUGCUCAUGUGGACAUGAAUAUCAUGCUGGUGCUACUGCUGUUUAUCUAGCAUUUUAGACACAGGAUUCUAGUAUGCAUUGUACAAUUUUCAAAUGUUACUGCAACUGUAUUCAUCCUCAGUAUUUUGUCAUACAAAUACAUAGUACAACAAGUUGAGCAUUCUUCUACCAUUAAGCUUUACUGAGCAAAGAUAAUAAACUUGCACUUUGUUGGA